AUGAGCACCUUGGCUCCGCCUCAAUCGGCUGGAAUCCCGUCCACGAAGGAGGGCUUCACAGCAGCUCUCAAGGCCAGAAAUCCGAAUAAUCAGUACAUUGCCCACUUGAAAAUAUGGGAAACUGUCGGUGAGGAGGGGGCUGGAGGCGGCGGUGGUGCGGGGGGCUCGAGGAAAGCAAGGUACAUCAUUUUGGCAGCUGCGAGAGGAACCGGCGUGGUGACGCUUAACAAAGCCAAGAGGAACAUGAAUGGCAGUUUUAGCAUCGGCAAGGAUUGGGACAUCAAUACUUUGAGAGAGAUCACGGUGCACUCUGUGAGUAGAUGGCAGAGAGAUGCGGCGCGCUGCCUUGUCCGAUUAGCAACGUGCAACGCCUGUCUAUGUUGGCUCACCCUCUUCACAUUCUCUGCCUCAGCCCGACACAUUCACCUUGACAUUGUCCCGACCAAACCAAUGGCAGACUGACAGGCCCAAGGAGCAAAAGGUGUUUCUUCAGUCGCUCGUCAAGAUCUGGCGCAAGUACAUGAACGAUCCUCAUGGCCCGCCAUGUUCCGGCUUAGAGUUUCCUCCUGAGAUGACGCCUUCCAUCCAGCCUUCGACCAUUAGCUUGGCACCUCCCGGCGUGCCACCUGUGCCAUUGAUCCCCGCGAGCGUAGCUGCACCAGCACCCGCAGCAUCACUUCCGGUCGCUGCCGUCCAGUCUUCGCAGGCACCCAGUCUGGCGCUGAACACGAAUGUUCACAGGGAGCGUUCCAGAGAGUCUCCAACUGCAUCCAGAUCACCGGCCAGGACGCCGACAGCCGAUGGCUUCUACGAUCCGAGAUCGAGAGAGGUCCGAGAUACAAGGCCAGGCUCCUCCAAUAGCGUUGCCGCCACCGGCAACGUCUCCAGCGAGGCUCCACGCAGGCCUAAUCCUCUAAGGCGUCCGACCAUCACAAGAACUGACAGCAUGCGUAGCGGAGAUAGGUCAGACGGGUCGACAUCGGUACCUGCUAUCAAGCUGUCCGACCCUUCGAGUAGACUGGGCACUCCGACCAACGCUCUACCCAGCGACAUUAAUCGCAACGCCAAUCGCAGUCCAGCCCCUCGGCAGCCAAGUCCCUUGGCUCAUCUUCAGCCGCGCGAUGCUCACUCUGAAACGAGGAAGGCAUCAGUCACCGGCACCCUCGAGUCGACUGUCAGCCAGACUGCCCGCGCCGAUGUAUCUCAUUCAACUUCGACGUCGCUGCUCAGAAAGGCUGCCUCCAACGACGAGCAGGUUGGCCCCAAUGGUACAGACGCAACAGAGCAAAAAGCCCCCUCAUCGUCUCCUCCUCGUUCCCGGCCUAGGCCCAUCCAGCAACGCAGCACGUCUGGCUCAUCUCUGUCUGGAGGUGGUGAUGCUCGAGCGCGUCUUAGCGCAGUCGAGCCGGUACGUGGUGGUGCAGCAUAUGAGAGGAUGCUAUUGGCUGGCACCGGCUUGCGGGAAGUCGCAGAAGGUGACGAAGAACAGGAAGAAGAGCUGGAGGAUGCUUAUGGUGGUGCGGAAGUAGAGGAUGUGGAUGCGUCUCCUUUCAAACCUCCUCCAAGGAAGAAGAAAAACAACUCCAUCAAAAGAGCGCAGGCGGCUCGAGCUGAAGCUGAUGACAGAUCAGUGUCUGUCGUUGGUGGCGGAGGCGAAGAAGAGGAAGAAGAUACCACAUUGCUGAACGUUGAGGAGAUGCUAGAGGGAUUCGAGUGGAAGCACACGAAUGCGACGGUAAUUGGCGGAAGAUCGAUGCUGGAUCCCACGCAUGCUGGGGCGCUGAGACAAGGAGCGCCAGGCAAGGGUACGGCAGAUGUCAUCGAGGCUCGCUUGCUUGACGAGCUGGCCGCGCUUGAUGCUGCGAACAUUCACGCCAUCAUUGAAUCCGACGAUCGUGUCAACCUCGUCGUUCAGCACAUGGAAGAAGCACUGGGUCAGCUCGACAUGAUCGACAGCAUGAUCGCUGGCUUCAAGGUACAGCUCAAUGCACGGACGGAUGAUAUAUCGCACAUCGAGUCCCAAAACCGCGGUUUGCAAGUUCACACUUCCAAUCAGCGCCAGCUGGCAAACGAGAUUGAAAAACUGCUUUCCACUGUUCACGUGGAUGACGAUGCUGUCGCCGCGCUCAUGUAUGCCGGAUUACAGGAUGAUGCUGGUAUAGCAGACGCGGAACGAGCGGCAGCUGCGCUGUACAAAGCCAUGUUGCAAGCUCGCAAAACGGAGGAAGAGCGAGCAGCUGGUGCAGGAGCGGAAGCGAUGAUGGCAGCUGCGACGGAGAGGUCGGAGGAGUACGAAGGCUUGGCAGAAAGCUUCGCGAAGAGAUUACUGCAGCACCUCACGCAAGAGUUCAACGAGCAGACCAACAUCAUCCUCGGAGACCCUACUCGGCGAGCAGCACUCUCUCCGCCGAAUCCUACGCUUCGUAACCAUGCUCAAGUGGAGGACACAUUGGGCAGGUAUUGUGGACUACUGCUCUACGCUAAAGAGGUCACUUCUGCACAAUUCUCCAGGAUCUCUGCAGGCUACUUCGCGAGUGCCAGCGAAAGGUACAGGAGAGAGAUGGUGCAGCUCUUCACUGUCUGGAAAGAGCAGAUGCGCACGCCCAGCGAGGAGGAGGAGGCGGAUUCGACCUUCUCAUCGCCCGCGUCUGUCACUACUGCUGCUGCCCUUAGGAGCGGUACCAUCAGGCGCGCAGGCAAGGAUAGAGGUAGAGGAACACAUACGAUGGGCGAUACUAACGCAGCAGAGGUAAGUGGCGUGCGUGCGCGAGCCUUUGGGUGGAUGUGACUUUGCUCACAUUUCCUGCUUGCAGGCCUUUGCAAGACUUCUGCAUUCGGUCAUGCCUCUGAUCGCCAAGGAGGAAGCUUUCAUCUCUGAUCUGCUGCACAUCAACGACAACGCAGUCACCUUCGCAGACUAUAUGGACCUCGAGCCUUACUUUAGGCGCAGAGCUGCGGCUGUCUUCGGUUCUGAGACAUUGCAAGGGUCCGCUCCUCUCAGAGAGAUGAAGAGCGCUUUGGAACUCAUCUUUGGCUUCUUGGCGCCGGAGUGGCAAGCAUUCGCAGACCUUGCAAUGCAGCGCGAUCGCUUGUGAGUCGGGUCCGCUGCUGCGUAGUGUACUUCUUCGAAUUCUCACCGUUUCCCAAUGUUUCGCCUUGCAGACAACUCUUUGGGAUCCUUGCUGCGCUCGAUCGGGCGCUCAUCGACGCUGAAGAAAUGUCUAGCGAAUUCUUGGUCCGUAGCCUUUCCAAGGUGCACAUGCGUCUAGCUGGCCUUUUGGAAAGGUUCGUCGGCGAGCAAAUCAGAGCGAUUGAGCAGACAAAGCUUACCGUCAAGAAGCGCAAGGGAGUGGUGCACUUUAUCAAGGUGUUCCCGGUCUUUGUGGAGAGGAUCGAAGCUCAGCUUGUGAACGCCGAGACCCUCAACAUACGCGCUGCUGUUGACGGGUACUAUGAGCAGAUUGCAAGGACCAUGUUUGAUGCGCUUCAAGCUAUGGCGAAGAUGGAAGGAGGGGGCGGCGGGGUCAUGCCAGGAGGCGCUGCGGAUGAUGACAAGCAGGCUCUGAAUCACCACGUCAUCUUGAUUGAGAAUAUGCACCAUUUCGUCAAGGAAGCUUCUAGGGUUCGCAACUCUGCCCUCGGGCAGCUCAUCAAGCGCGCUGAAUCCAUCUACGAGGAUCAUCAGCACGCUUACGUCAACGCUGUACUGCGCAGGCCGCUCGGCAAGGUCAUGGUGAGUUGCUCGCGCACGUGUGAGUCCUUUGCUAGCAGCGCGGGUAGUACCUGACGCAGAUUGCUUUAUGUCGUAGGACUUUGGCGAUGGUAUCGACGCUCUACUGCGAUCCACACCAGCCAACGAGGUCUCGCUUCACAGCGCCUUUUCGAGAAGUAAUUUCAAACGACUAGUCAAAGAGAACAGCGCAAAAGACAUUCGCAAGGCUAUCGAAGCGUUGUCAAAGCGUGUGCAAAAGGUGAGCUUGGUGUGGGCGCUUCAAGUGCCUCUUGCAAGAACUUGCUCAUCCCUGCAUUCUUCCCGCCCGUAGCACUUUGGUCUGGACGACGACGAUCUAGCUGGUCUGGCCCUUGCAGCAGCUGCUGGGAGUGCGGAGCCUGCCGUGGACGAAGCUGCAGAGGUGCUGACGAGGGUGUGGGGUGCAUGCGAGGAAGCGUUUGUAAGGGAGACGGAGCGUCAAGCUAGAAUAGCUCGAGACUGCUAUGCGGGUGGAGUUUCGCUCGAGUAUGGCGUAGACGACGUCAAGAAGCCCUUUGCCAACAAUGUCCCAACUCCGAUCGGACGGAGAAGAUAG